AUGGCAGACGGAGAAGACAUUCAGCCCCUUGUCUGCGAUAAUGGAACCGGAAUGGUUAAGGCUGGAUUUGCUGGAGACGAUGCACCAAGAGCUGUAUUCCCAAGCAUCGUUGGACGUCCUCGUCACACAGGUGUGAUGGUUGGUAUGGGACAGAAAGACGCCUACGUUGGUGACGAGGCUCAGUCAAAGAGAGGUAUUUUGACACUCAAAUAUCCGAUCGAGCAUGGUAUCGUCAACAACUGGGAUGACAUGGAGAAGAUUUGGCAUCACACUUUCUACAACGAGCUACGUGUCGCUCCAGAAGAGCACCCUGUGCUUCUCACGGAGGCUCCUCUCAACCCCAAGGCCAAUCGUGAGAAGAUGACUCAGAUCAUGUUCGAGACGUUCAACACACCCGCCAUGUACGUCGCUAUCCAAGCUGUGCUUUCCCUCUACGCCAGUGGUCGUACAACUGGUAUUGUGUUGGACUCUGGAGAUGGUGUGAGUCACACUGUUCCGAUCUACGAAGGGUAUGCUCUUCCACACGCUAUUCUGCGUCUGGAUCUUGCAGGUCGUGACCUCACUGAUCACCUCAUGAAGAUCUUGACGGAGCGUGGUUACUCGUUCACCACCACAGCAGAGCGUGAGAUCGUGAGGGACGUGAAGGAGAAGCUCGCUUACAUUGCUCUUGACUACGAGCAGGAGAUGGAGACUGCCAACACGAGCUCCUCCGUUGAGAAGAGCUACGAGCUGCCUGAUGGACAGGUGAUUACUAUUGGAGGAGAGAGGUUCCGUUGCCCUGAGGUUCUGUUCCAGCCGUCGCUGGUGGGAAUGGAAGCUGCUGGGAUUCAUGAGACGACUUACAACUCGAUCAUGAAGUGUGAUGUGGAUAUCAGGAAGGAUCUGUAUGGAAACAUUGUGCUCAGUGGUGGAACCACCAUGUUCCCUGGGAUUGCUGAUAGGAUGAGCAAAGAGAUCACUGCUUUGGCUCCGAGCAGCAUGAAGAUUAAGGUUGUUGCUCCACCGGAGAGGAAGUACAGUGUCUGGAUCGGAGGCUCCAUUCUAGCAUCACUCAGUACCUUCCAACAGAUGUGGAUAGCGAAGGCUGAGUAUGACGAGUCAGGACCAUCGAUAGUCCACAGGAAGUGCUUCUAG